AGACAAAUAAAAUGAAAAAACAAAUCAUAGUCAUCAUUAUUACAAUAAUAAAUGUAAUAAGUUUGCUUUUAAUCUUGUAGAUGAUAGUAGAAAUAACAUGAGGAGGUCUAGAUCAUAAUCAAGGAGAAGGAGACACAGUUCAAGUGAAAGUUCUAAGUUAAAAUAUAUAAUUAAUUAUAUAACAGAAAAUAUUAUGAAAGAAAGCAUAGGUCGAAUCGAUAUGAGACAAAAAGAAAAUCGGGAUGGGAUAGCAAAACAAGAAAAUGAAUAAAUUUUACUGUAAUUUUAAAACAACAAAACAAAAACUCAAAGGCAUUUCAAUAGAAAAAUUAUAUUUAAUAACUAAAAAGCUAAAAUUUGAAUCAAAACUCAAACACAAUUUAGGCUUCCUCUAAAUAUCAAACAUAUAAAAAUAAGCUAAGAAAAACAGCUUAUGUUGAAUCAAAGAGAAUAACAGU